AUGGAGCAUGACCGAACCGAACCAUGCGUCCUCUGCGUCCUCUGCGUCCUCCCUUCAGACACCGACGCUGUGUGUCUUCCCAAGCUCCUCUCGGUAUGUCUUGCCCGCGCGCAGCGAAGUACAGAGUGGAAGAGGCCAACAAGUGGGAGCGCCCCCGACCCGAGGUCCGGCUUCAAAGACUUCCUCCUCAAGCCUGAACUGCUGCGCGCCAUCGUGGACUGCGGCUUUGAGCACCCCUCUGAGGUGCAGCAUGAGUGCAUCCCCCAAGCGAUCCUGGGUACCGACGUACUGUGCCAAGCAAAGUCCGGCAUGGGCAAGACGGCGGUCUUCGUGCUGGCAUGUCUGCAGCAAAUCGACUCCAGUGAGAAGGCAGUCCGGACCAUGGUGGUGUGCCAUACCCGAGAGUUGGCAUACCAGAUCAAGCAAGAGUUCGAGCGCUUCUCCAAGUAUUUCCCCGGCGUGAAGUCGGCGGUGGUCUAUGGUGGUACCCCGAUGUCCACCGACAAGGAGAUGCUGAAGGACUGCCGGAGCACCCCGGACAAUUGCCCGCACAUCCUCAUUGGCACCCCAGGACGUGUGCUGGCGCUCUUGAGGGAGAAGGACCUGAAGCUGGACAAGUUGCAGCACUUCGUCCUGGAUGAGUGCGACAAAUGCUUGGAUAAGAUCGACAUGCGAAAGGAUGUCCAGUCGAUCUUCAUGGAGUCGCCGAAGAAGAAGCAGGUGAUGAUGUUCAGUGCCACGAUGAGUGCCGAGACCCGAGCCUUGUGCAAGAAGUUCAUGACCGAACCGCAUGAGAUUCGCGUGGACGAGGAGUCGAAGCUCACGCUGCACGGACUCUUGCAGUAUUAU